AUGCCCAAACUUAUCUUUUCUUGGACUUUUCCACUUUUCGUUUUCCUCCUUUCAUACCUUGUAAAAAUUCACAGAAUCGAAAAGGGAAAUUUCGUUACUUGGGACGAAGCUCACUUUGGAAAGUUUGCCCAGAAAUACCUCGAAAGAACAUUUUACUUUGAUGUGCAUCCACCACUUGGAAAAAUGCUUACAGCACUUUCAGGCCUUAUCCAUGGCCAGUCAAACGACUUUGACUUUGGCUCCAAGGAAAACUAUCCUAUAACGUUCGACUAUGCAGGAAUGAGAAGGUUCCAUGCCUUCAUAGCAUCAUUUACUCCCCUCUUUGCCUAUUUAAUUCUCAGAGAGUUCAAUUUUUCUCUAAGAAGAUCCUUGCUCCUCACCCUACUUUUCAUCUUUGAAAAUGGAGUAGUUUCAAUAAGCAGGCUUAUACUUUUGGAUUCUCAUCUUUUAACGUUUACGGCUGGCACAAUCUAUUUCCUAGUACGGUUGUUUCAGAAAAUUAAGAAGAUUAGUAUUAUUGGAAAGAAAGACUGCAAUAUCCAGUUAUUACUGCUAGGCUUAUUCAUCGGCUGUGUUAUGUCUGUAAAAUGGAUAGGAUUUUUCACCACACUUCAGGUAGGAUCUUAUAUUGCCGUAGAUCUUUAUUUCAAACUCAUGUUUAUGAGUCCACUGGACUUUUUAAACUAUUUUUCUAGGAGAGUAGUCUACCUCAUUCUCUUUCCCAUCGUUAUUUACAUUUUUCUGUUCUACAUCCACUUUAGUAUUGUCAAUACCAGCGGGUCUGACGAUGGGUUCAUGUCUUCUGAAUUCCAACUUAGUCUUAAGGACAGUGUGUUUUCCAAAGUAAAGAAGUACGUCUCUUACGGAAAAAAAAUCACAGUUAAAACACCUCAUGGAUACCUUCACUCCCACCUUCAUACGUAUCCUGAUGUAAGUACAGAUCUAAGUGCCGACUUGUCUGAUUUACAUGUUCCUCUUCAGGUAACAAUAUACAACCACAAAGAUAGGAAUAAUAAUUUCUAUUUCCAGAAAGUCACUGAUGGAGAUAAUGCUGAUGUGGUAAUGAAUGGAGACAGCAUUGUUCUUCUACACGCAGAAACAAAUGGGUAUGUGGAGCAGUCCAAAAGGGAGGCAUACUUCACACCUGGAUUUCGUAUUAAUUUAAAUAGGGCAGGCAUUGAACAGAAUGCGGUGUGGAUAGUAGAGAUUGAAAGUGAUACAGUCAAAAAAGAAGAACUAGUAAAGAGUAUAAGUACGAAGUUUUAUCUUAAAAAUUCAAUAUCAGGAAUGUAUCUCUGUUCCACCACCAAAACCUAUCCACACUGGGGAUAUGAUCAGGGAGAGAUAGUAUCUCAAGCGGAGAAAGCUCCUAAUUGCCUAUUCAAUGUUGAAGAAAAUUUCUUCUCCGACUCACCAGGCAAUGAAGAAUACAAGGAAGUAAGACCUUCAUUUCUUAGAAGAUGUAUUGAACAUCAAAUAGCGAUGUUUAACACGAACAAAUCUUUUACACAGGAUCCAGACUUGGAACCAGAGAGGAUAGUUUCCAAACCAUAUGAAUGGCCUAUUCUAAGAAGAGGACUUAGAAUGUCACAGUGGCAUGAGCAGUAUAAGUUUUAUAUGUUUAUGAAUCCAUUCAUUCUUUAUUCUACAACAAUUGGGAUAUUAAUAUCACCAAUAAUGAUAGCUAUCAAACAUAUAAAAAAUCAGAGAAAGAAAGCAACAUAUCACACUAAUAAUAGGCUAUGCGAUGAGAAUAAUGCUAGUCAAAAUAUUAAGGAAAUAAUAAGCGACGAGCUUAAUAACAAAAAAUUGAAGUGUGACAGUAGAGUAUUGAAAGACAACGUUAAUGAAGAAAAAUCUAAAAAAAUUCAAUUUAUUAAUACAAAAGAUAAAUCAAACUGUCACAAUCACAAAAAAAGUAAGACAAACAAGCUAUCUAUACGGAAUGACUGGUUCUUUCUUUAUAUCUCUCUGGGAGGAUGGGUGAUUCACUAUUUGCCUUUCUUUUUAAUUGGAAGAGUACUUUAUUUACAUCAUUAUUUCCCUGCAUUGUUCUUUGCAACACUGAACUUAUGCUAUAUUCUAAGAACAGUUCCUUUUAAAAUUUGUAUGCUCUUUGUUUCUAUUUCCAUUAUUUUCUUUAUUUUGUAUUCUCCUUUAACGUACGGGUUUAUCAGUGAGGAUUCAAUGAGAUAUUUGAAGAUAUUUUCCGAAUGGGAUUUCGCAGAUUAA